AUGCGAUCGCGUGUUGAAUCUGAAGAUAAUGCUCGACGAUUAAAGUUACUUCAUGAAGCCAAGAGAAAAGCAGUUGGUUGGUUACAGGAACUCAAACAGGCAUCAAAACGAUCAUCGAAAGCAAAAAAUAAAUUGGCUUCACAGGAAGAUGCAACACCGUCAAGUAGUGCUAGCGGUGGUUGUGCGGCUCCAGUGGAAACUGAAAAGCCGCCAGUGCAACAUACAGUUCUUCCGACGAUCAUCAUAACCGCCGUAUCAACGCCAACAGAACCAUGUCCCUCGAUAAACACAUGUUCCAAGCUACUAACACUAUGUGAGCAAAGAGAAUAA